CUUGCCUCUGUCCAACAAGAAUGGGGGCCCCAGCUCACAUCCUGCCCUUGUCUGUCCUCAUCUUUCUGUUGGCUUCCUUUGGUCCUUUGGCUGCUCAGCAGAAUGAUAUUGACAUCUACAGUCUCACCUUGGACUCCAAGGUCACUUCUCGCUUUGCCCACACCGUCAUCACCAGUCGUGUGGUUAAUAAGGCAGAAGAGGCCCGGGAAGCUGUCUUCCAGGUGGAACUGCCCAAAUCAGCCUUCAUUACCAACUUCUCCAUGAUCAUUGAUGGGGUAACGUACCCAGGAGAGAUCAAGGAGAAGGCAGCUGCCCAGGAGAGGUACAGUACGGCUGUGGCCAAGGGGCAGAGUGCUGGGAUCAUCAGGGCCUCGGGGAGGAAUCUGGAGCAGUUCCAGGUGUCUGUCAAUGUGGCCCCAAGUGCCAAGAUCACAUUUGAGCUGGUCUACGAGGAGCUGUUGAAGAGGCAGCUCGGGAAAUAUGAGCUGAUUCUGAAGGUCCGGCCCCAACAGCUGGUCAAACACCUGCAGAUAGAUAUCCACAUCUUUGAGCCUCAGGGAAUCACCUCUCUGGAGACUGAGAGCACGUUUAUGACCAAGAACUUGGCAGACGCCCUCACCACAACACAGAAUGAGACCAAGGCUCACAUAGUGUUCAAGCCAACUCUGGCCCAGCAGCAGAAGGAGCCCGGGAAGCCGGACACGAUUCUGGAUGGUAACUUCAUUGUGCGUUAUGAUGUGGACCGAACCAGUGCUGCAGGGGACAUCCAGAUUGAGAACGGAUACUUCGUGCAUCACUUUGCUCCAGCAGAGCUGUCUACACUGCCUAAGAAUGUAGUCUUUGUUAUCGACAAGAGUGGGUCCAUGUCUGGCAAGAAGAUGAAGCAGACUCGUGAAGCCCUGGUGAAGAUUCUGGGUGAUCUCAAGCCAGAGGACCAAUUCAACUUGGUUAUCUUUGAUGGAUUUGUGACCCAGUGGAAACCAACACUGCUUCAAGCUUUACCUGAGAAUGUGGAAGAAGCCAAGAAAUUUGCCUCCCAUAUCUUAGCCAUGGGUGCAACCAACAUCAAUGAUGCCGUCCUUAUGGCUGUGAACAUGCUGGAUGAGAGCAACAGGAAGGAACAGCUGCCGGCAGGGAGCGUGUCUAUGGUCAUCCUGCUCACAGAUGGAGAUCCCACUGAAGGGGAGACAGAUCUGCAGAAGAUUCAAGAAAAUGUGAAGGCAGCUAUUGGGGGCCGCUACUACCUUUACUGUCUGGGCUUUGGCUUUGAUGUCAACUAUGCUUUCCUGGAAAAGCUGGCCCUGGAAAAUGGCGGGGUGGCCCGGCGCAUCUAUGAAGACUCGGAUGCUGACCUGCAGCUCCAGGACUUUUACCAUGAGGUGGCCAACCCAUUGCUGACCACAGUGAAGUUUCAGUACCCACAAAAUUCUGUAGAGUUGCUCACCCAGGACAACUUUAGGGUUUUCUUCAAAGGUUCUGAGAUAGUGGUGGCUGGGAAGCUCCAGCCCGAGGUCCAAGAUUCACUCUCAGCCCAAGUCGAAGCCCAGUCGCACACCCAGAACUUCACCUUCCAAACAGAAGUAAAUGUUGCAGACAAGGAGAAAGUCUUCCAAAGCCCAAAGUACAUUUUCCAUAACUUCAUGGAGCGCCUGUGGGCAUACCUGACCAUCCAGCAGCUACUGGAGAAAGCUGUUUCAGCCUCAGAUGAUGAGCAGAAGAACCUGGAAGCCCGAGCUUUGAAUCUGUCUCUCAAAUUCAACUUUGUCACUCCACUCACAUCUAUGGUGGUCACCAAACCAGAGGAUCAGGAUAAAGCCCAGGUGCUUUCAAAGCCAGUGGAAGCAGAUAAUGAUCAUUCAUCUUCAUUUUCACUAUUGGCAAGAAUUCCUACAGGAGGUUUUCGCCAGUCUUCACCAAUGCUGUACAGCCAAGGAUUCCUCGUACCAAUAGCAGGUGUUCCAGGUCCUCCAGGUCCUCCAAGUUUUCCAGGUCUUUUAGCUCUUCCAGGGAUUGCAGCUCCUCCACCUCUUCCGGGUAUUUCACGUUCUCCAGCAAAAUCCUUUUAUAAGUCUGUACCCAGUUUUGACAUGCAACCUGACUAUGACUUGGCAUACCUCGCACCCAAAGCAAUUGAUCCCCGAACAUCUUUAUUGCUUCCAGAUAGUUCUCAUUUUCAAACUAACACAGAAUUAUACAAUGUCCCAGUUCCUUCCCCCACUCUCUCAAUGGAAAGGUCCCCUCAUUUUAUCUUGCUGAGAAACAACCACACUGAGCAGACGAUGUGUGUGAACGUUAAGGGAUUCUCCCAGACCCCACAAAGUCUCUUUUCUGAUCCUGGCCAAGGCAUUAAAGUGACUGGCAAAUAUGAGGGGAGCACAGAUAAGUUUGUCUGGCUCCAGGUGAGCUACAAGACUCCUGAGGUGAAGGUGCGUGUGACGCAGGACAGCAUCGUGGUGACUCGUGGCAGUGGUGGGAAAAGCUCCUCUUAUCAAUGGAGAUCACUCUACUUGGUGAUGCCGGGGCUGAAGAUGACCUUGGAAAAUGGCCUUCUACUGCUCAGUAAUCCGGACAAAGUCACCAUUGGCCUGGUGUCCCUGGACCACCCUACUCCUGGGCUGCGGCUCUUCAUAAAUGAUCCAGGUCACUUCGCCAACCAACCCAGCGGAGUUCUUGGCCAGUUUUACCAGGACUUGCAGUGGAAUCCAAGUACAGCUGAAGACACGCAGGAGCUGAGUGUGAGGGAAAAGACGUAUACAGUCACCAGAAAGUCCCUGUUGGAUUUCCAAGGAGGCAGGGAUACCAUCCCACUGCCAAAGUUAUCGUGCUGGUAUCUAGAGGAGCCUUUAUGAGAUAGAAGAGAAUCAGGGUCAGCUGCACCUUUCUGGUCCCUAUGCUUGAUCCAAAUGCUGGCAAAUAGGGCCAGCAGCUGCCCCGAGUGGGGAGAUGGUAUAAAGCAAAGUCUUUCUCUGCA